AUGUACCACAUACUAAAGCUUUCAAAUCCUGGAGCAAAACACCAUCUUUGAUUAAGCCCAUUGGGAUCACACAUUGUGCCAAAAAACGAUGCGGGAGAGAAGCUGCUUUGUGAGCUGGGCUACAGGCUGGGUCACUCGUUAGGGGAGGGCAGCUUCUCCAAGGUGAAAGCGGCCACCUCCAGCGAAUACAAGAGCCCCUUAGCCAUCAAGGCGGUGGACCAGCGAUGAGCACCCCCAGCCUUCAUGUACAAGUUUCUGCCCUGGGAGCUCUUCAUCAUUUGCAUCUUCGAUCUCAUCGAUGUCUGCAACAUAAAGCUCUAAAUCGUGAUGGAGGCAGCAGUCAUUAACCUGCUGCAGCUGGUGCAGCAGCUUGGGAAACUGCCCUGCAUCCCCAGGGCCUGAGACAUCUCUGCACACGUUGUGGGGGUGCACGACUGCCACUUGGUGCGCCGGGAUCACAGGUGUGAGAUGCUGCUGCUCACUGCCGAUGGCCGCCAGGCCAAACAUAGUGACUUUGCUUUUAUCAAGGAGGCCAACAGCUCCGCGGACCUAAGCACCACAUUCUGUAGGUCGGCAGCCUAUGCUUCCCCGAAGGUGCUGCUGGACAUCCCCUAUGCUAAGAAGUACAACAUGUGGAGCUUGGAUGUGAUGUUCUACGUGAUGAUGACCGGCUACAUGCCCUUUGAUGAUACACACAUCCGCAGCAUGCCCCAGCAGUAGAAAGGGGUGCUGUACCCAGAGGGACUGCCCCUGCUGCUGGAGCCCUGCCAAGCUAUCGCCCAACUGCUCCAGUUUAGCCCAGUCUCUGAGCACGGCAUGGGGCAGGUGGCCAAGAACAGAUGGCUGAAGAGGGACAUCUGA